AUUGUUGCCUGUGUGGUGGCAGUGAUCGUUCUGGGAUCGUCUGGUCUUAUCGUGGUUGCUUUGGUACCAUUGAUGUCAAGAAGCUUCUACAACGUGGUAACGCAGUUCCUAAUUGCACUCUCAGUGGGCUCUUUGACCGGUGAUGCUUUUUUGCAUCUCAUUCCCCAUGCACUCUCGGGCGGACACUCUCACGGAGGAAAAUCAAGUGACGUUCAUGACCAUGUUAUGGAAGGGUCCAAUGAUACCAAUCACCGCGACAUGGUAAUGAAAUCUUUGGUCGCCUUACUGGGCAUUUAUGCAUUUUUCCUCACCGAGAGAUUGACCAUUCUCUGUCAGAACAGCACAUCCCGGAAAAAAAUGAAGCGUCAACGAGCGCAGGCUGCCCACAUCUAUGAUGAUGAUGUUUCGGGAGAUAAAGCUCUAGGCUACCAGCCGGUAGACGUUCACGUUCCAUAUCGAAACGGUUACCUUCAUCCGGAUAAGAAUGAGGUUUCAAAAUCCACCGAGCAACCACGAUCCGAUGCGAUGAUCAAUGGACAGCAGGAGACCGUCAAACCGAAGACCUCUUUUCAGACGCACACACGCCAGCUUAGUGUACCCGAAGGGCUAAGCACAACUCAUGCCGAUGUGAGUCAGAGCUACAUUUAA